AAUGCUAUUUCUUCUAGUAUCAAAAGUGUUAUUUUAUAUCUUGAGAAUACUGAAGAAUCAGAUAAUAAUGAAAAUGUUGUUGAUUUGGUAAAAGUCUUACCAAAAAAGCAUAAAAAAUGA